AUGGCUAAAAAAACACCUACAAAAUUCUCAUUCUUUUCAUCAUCACCUCUUUAUUCUCUUUUAACUAUAACAAUAACUUUAUCUCUUAUACCUUCUCAAAUCCAUUCAUCAACUCAUGAAAAUGACAUUCAUUCUCUUCAAGAAAUAAAAAAUGCUAUUGAUCCUAAUUCAGUUUCUUCAUCUUCUUAUAUCAAUAGUUGGGAUUUCACAGUUGACCCUUGUCAUAGUACUGGUCCACAAUUUCUAGGAAUAUUAUGUGACUUACCCUUAGAUAACUCCUCUAGUAGAGUCACAGCUAUUGAUCUUGAUGGUAUUGGUUAUGAAGGUUUCUUAACACCAGCUAUUGGAAAUUUAACCGAGUUAACGAUACUUAAUCUCAGUAGUAAUAAGUUUAGAGGACCUAUACCAGAAACUAUAGGGAAAUUAAGGAAACUUACUAGACUUAGCUUAUCAGAAAACUUUUUCACUGGUGGAAUUCCACAAGAAAUUAGUCAACUUAAGAAACUUCAAUAUCUUGAUCUUUCCGCGAAUCGGCUUUCAGGCACUAUACCUACUGAUAUGACAGGUUUAAGAAGCUUAACUUAUUUAAGCUUAUCAAACAAUAAUUUUUCAGGUAGAAUCCAAAAUUUAACUGGAUUAUGGCAAUUGAAUACAUUAGAUAUUAGUUUCAAUGAGUUUUUCGGUAAUAUACCGAAUCUUCCUGUGAGUUUACAAAACAUAUAUUUCAGCCAUAAUAUUUUUUCAGGACAUAUAACACCUCUUAAGGAUCUUAUACAUUUAAGAUGGUUAGAUAUAAGUGAUAAUAGAUUAUCAGGUGUUAUAAGAUGGGACACUAUGUCCUUAAAAGGGGUUAUUCAUUUUAAUGUUUCAUUUAACAGAUUUACAUCAAUUGAUUUUGUUAACAAUGCCGGACAAGGACACCGACUUCACUUGCUUGAGGCACAAGGUAACAAUUUGAAGGGUCAUUUGCCUGUGAAUUUGGUGAGUUUUACAAACUUGACUGUAAUAAAUUUAUCAAACAAUCAAUAUCAUGGAACUAUUCCAAAGGAAUAUGGAACAAAACUAAGGACAAUAUCAUGGAGAAGAUUGUAUUUGGAUCAUAACUUUCUUACUGGAAAUCUUCCAUUGGAGUUUACUCAUACAUCAACUUAUGUUAAAGGUAGUGUUGCAAAUAAUUGUCUCAAGUGUCCUACAAAUGCUGUUCUAUGUCAUGGAGGACAAAGACCAUCAACAGAGUGUAUGAGGCAACAUGAGAUAUGAAAUUUGAAAUUUUCUUCAUCAGAAAACAAUUUAUGAAAACUUAUCAGACUAUACAAUAAGAAAAGUUAAGUGUUUGUUUAUUUCAAUCAAUGUUGUGUAAUUCCAAAGUAUCUCAAAAUUAUA